UGAAGAGAAGCAAAGACAGGCAAUAACAGAGAAGACAGAGAUUUGAAGAGCAGGAGAAAGAAAAGAAGGAAUAUCUGCAGAAUUAACACUUUCAGAAGGAGAUAAACAACGGCUCAUCAAUCUUCACUCACUCCUAUUUUUUUGAUAUUCACUGGGGCAGAUCUUCUCCUUCUCGCAGCCUUCUGCGGUAAUACAAAAGCCUGAAUGAUGCUAGGGGAAGCACAGAAGAGGCCGGCAGACAUGAAGAGCUGAAUUGUCUUUGUGAUAGGUUUGCAUGUGGGGUUGACACGUGUGUGUGUGUGUGUGUGUGUGUGUGUGUGUGUGUGUGUGUGUGUGUGUGUGUGUGUGUGUGUGUCUGUGUGUGUCCUUGAGCUCUUGCUGGCUUUAACCAAAUGGAAUCUGGCCUGGCUGGUUGGCAUGGAGUAGGAUGCAAGGUGCUGCCUUGCUGGGUUGAUUGCUGCAAGCAAACAAACACCCUGUUGUUCUAGGUCUACCCUCUGUUUUCCAGUGAGUCCAGCAGAGUUAAACGUGCUCAGUGUGUGUGUGUGUUGCGGUUUCUUUUUUAGGGGGGGCUGCGUUUUGUUUUGUUUUUUUCUCAACUCUGGACUCAACCUUACUAAUCAGAGCAUGCACUUAGGGUCUGUCUGUCCGUAUUGACACCCCUGUUGAAAAAAACUCACCCUGCAUGUGUUUUUCCAUGUCAUCGAGACUUUGACUCGGUUCGGCUUUCAUUAAGUCAGAGGGCAGCAAGCUGGUGUCUUCCACAUUUAUAUUUGCUUCCCUUUAGUCUUUUUCUCCAUCCCUUUAUGCCCCCCUGAGGCCCCGUUGUCAUCAUUAAUUUCUAUUGCGAGCUGCCUAUGAAUAAUAAAAGGAGUGGAGUCUCUUCUGCUCUAGUGCCUUAAGGGUGAAAGGCAGACAGAGAAGGGUAACAAGAAAAAGAAGAGUUGGAAAUCGGAUAAGAAGAACGGACCACAGGACCAGACACUCUACCUCUGUAAAAGAGUUGGAGGAAUGUACCUAGCACAAAACAUAUAAAUGAAGUCUCCAAUAUUUUGAGAGAAUUGUUUUGACUGAACAGAGACACCUUACAGGAAGUAUGUACGGGAAUGAAUUUCAGAGAGCUAAACCAGGUUCAGCUUGACACUCAUUUGAAGAAGCAUCCAAGAGAAAAUAGAUGUGGAAAAUUCACACAAAGGAGUAAAGAGUACAUUCUCUUCAAUAAAGGACAACUUGUUUAGUUUCUGACAGUUGAUGGACAAAGCAAAGAGAAGGGAAGAGGCUAUGAUGUAACUUCUUCCCCGUGGACAUACUUCUAAGAAGUGCCUGAACUUUGUAGCUUGUGAAGAACAACCAAAAAGGAACAGAUACCGCGGCUCACAUUACCAUGGAUGACUCAAGUAUUUUGAGACGCAGGGGUCUUCAGAAGGAGCUGAGCCUUCCCAGAAGAGGCAGUUUAAUCUGGUCGUCGGCUCAGCUGCAUUGCCACGGCAACAGCAGCCUUCUCCAGCACCUGCUGUCCCCCACUUCCUUUCAUCCCUCCAUAGUUCAACCCCCCAUAGUCACCCUCUCUCCCUCCUUUUCCACCUCCUCUCCCUCCCUGUGUUCCUCCGGUGGUCCUCUAUCAGCCCCUGAUCACCAGCGAGGAAACCCCUUUCUCUGGAGCUGUCGGGCAAGCAACAGGAAGAGCCUGAUUGUGACGUCCAGCACCUCCCCUACCCUGCCACGACCACACUCACCUCUGCAUGGACACACAGGUACCAGCCCUCUGGACAGCCCUCGCAACUUCUCCCCCAACACAGCUGCACACUUUUCCUUCGUUCCUGCACGCAGUCACGGGCACAGGGCUGACAGAACGGAUGGUAGACGCUGGUCUCUUGCCUCAUUGCCUUCCUCUGGAUAUGGCACCAACACUCCCAGUUCUACUGUCUCGUCCUCCUGUUCAUCUCAGGAGAAGCUGCACCAGCUGCCCUUCCAGCCCACACCUGACGAGUUGCACUUUCUUACCAAACACUUCAGCUCCGAGAGCAUCACAGACGAGGAGGGACGACGCUCUCCUGCCAUGAGACCGAGGUCUCGCAGCCUAAGCCCUGGGCGCUCACCUGUCUCCUUUGACCAUGAGAUUAUGAUGAUGAACCAUGUGUACAAGGAGAGGUUUCCUAAGGCGACAGCUCAGAUGGAGGAGCGUCUCGCUGAACUGCUCUCCUCCUCGGCUCCAGACAAGGUUUGCCCAUUGGCUGACGGGGUCUUGAGCUUCAUCCACCAUCAGCUGAUAGAGCUGUCCAGAGACUGCCUGGAGAAAAGCAGAGAGGCCCUCAUCACCACCCGCUAUUUUUACGAACUCCAGGAGAAUCUAGAAAAGCUGCUGCAAGAUGCUCAUGAGCGUUCAGAAAGUGUGGAGGUUACCUUUGUCACACAACUCGUCAAGAAGCUGAUGAUAAUCAUUGCACGGCCAGCACGUCUUCUGGAGUGUCUGGAGUUUGAUCCAGAGGAGUUCUAUCACUUGUUGGAAGCAGCUGAGGGCCAUGCAAAGGAAGGUCAAGGCAUCAAGUCGGACAUUCCCCGAUAUAUUAUCAGCCAGCUGGGCCUCACCAAGGACCCUCUAGAGGAAAUGACCCAGCUGAGCAGUUAUGAUAGUGGAAACCCAGACACCCCCGAAACUGAUGAUUCGGUUGAUAAUCAGGGAACUACAGUCCCAGCAGCACAACCACAGAGUAAAACUAAAACCCCUCGAGAGGAGGACUUUGAAAACAUCAAGCUCAUCAGUAAUGGGGCUUAUGGUGCUGUAUUUCUUGUACGUCACAAGGAGACCAGGCAGCGGUUUGCCAUGAAGAAGAUCAACAAACAGAACCUGAUCCUAAGGAACCAGAUCCAGCAGGCCUUUGUAGAGCGAGAUAUCCUAACAUUUGCUGAGAACCCGUUUGUUGUCUCUAUGUUCUGUUCCUUUGAGACCAGGAGACACCUCUGUAUGGUGAUGGAGUACGUGGAGGGUGGAGAUUGUGCCACAUUGCUGAAGAAUAUUGGGGCCCUGCCAGUUGAUAUGGCUCGUAUGUACUUUGCUGAGACAGUCCUUGCAUUAGAGUAUCUUCACAAUUAUGGCAUCGUACACAGAGACCUCAAACCUGACAAUCUUCUCAUCACAUCCAUGGGGCACAUUAAGCUGACUGACUUUGGCCUCUCUAAGAUUGGUUUGAUGAGUCUGACCACAAACCUAUAUGAAGGACACAUAGAAAAGGACACCAGGGAGUUUCUGGAUAAACAGGUAUGUGGCACUCCAGAGUACAUCGCCCCAGAGGUGAUUCUCCGUCAGGGCUAUGGGAAGCCAGUGGACUGGUGGGCAAUGGGAGUCAUCCUGUACGAGUUCCUGGUGGGCUGUGCCCCCUUUUUUGGAGACACCCCAGAGGAACUGUUCGGUCAAGUCAUCAGUGAUGAGAUCACCUGGCCAGCGGAGGAUGAAGCUCUGCCUCAGGAAGCUCAAGACCUCAUCUCCCAGCUGCUGAGACAGAAUCCUCUGGAGAGACUGGGCACAGGAAGUGCCUUUGAGGUGAAGCAACACGCCUUCUUCACCGAACUGGACUGGAACAGCCUAUUGAGACAGAAAGCUGAAUUUAUUCCACAGCUGGAGUCAGAGGAUGACACCAGUUAUUUUGACACUCGUUCUGAUCGAUACCACCAUGUGGAUUCGGAGGAAGACGAUGACACUAAUGACGAUGAACAUGUAGAGAUACGACAGUUCUCUUCUUGCUCACCUCGCUUCAGCAAGGUUUACAGCAGUAUGGAGCGUUUGUCUCUGCAUGAGGAGAAAAGGACUCCUCCUCCCACAAAACGCAGCCUUAGUGAAGAGGGAGGAGACCGCAUCGACAGCCUGAGUGGCCUGAAGUCCAGAGAUCGAUCCUGGAUGGUGGGAUCUCCAGAAAUACUGCGAAAGCGCCUGUCAGUCUCUGAGUCUUCCCACACAGAAAGUGACUCAAGCCCACCUCUGACAGUCAGGAGACGCUGCUGCUCUGCCAUCAUUGAGAUGCCACGCUUUGCUAUCUGCUCAGAGGAAGAAGAUGGCAGCCAUAAUAGUCAGAACCUGCUGGGUCCUAGUGCUGUGAGGGGCCCACAGUGUGAUGAUAUUCCCCUCACUAUCCCAGAGCUCCCAGUAGACAGGGAGCCGAAGCUCAAGGAGUGUCCCACCAUACCGAGUUCCACCUCCAGUCAGCUAAGCAAGGCCAAGCUCACGCCAAGCAGCUCAGGUGACAUGUGCGAACGGGCGAAUGGCAGUAAUGGUGCAGUCGGAGCAGUUGCCAAAGUGGCAGCAGACAGCGAUUCUCCAUCCACUCCAAAAGCCAUUAGCGACUUGGCGGCUCGCAGGGCUCGCCAUCGUCUGCUGUCUGGAGAUGCAGACAAACAUACAACCCCAAGCACUAGGCCACUUAACAAGGUCAUCAAGUCAGCCUCCGCCACCACACUGUCAUUGAUGAUCCCUGCAGACCACUAUGGAGCCUCUCCACUGGCCAGCCCAAUGUCUCCCCACUCACUGUCAUCCAAUCCAUCAUCCCGGGACUCCUCUCCAAGCCGAGACCUAUCCCCAGCUGUGAGCAGCAUUAAACCUGCCAUUGUCAUUCACAGAGUGGGAAAGAAGUAUGGCUUUACUCUGAGAGCUAUCCGAGUCUACAUGGGAGACUCUGAUAUCUACACUGUACAUCACAUGGUCUGGCAUGUGGAGGUGGGGGGACCAGCCCAUGAUGCGGGGCUAAGGGAGGGAGACCUGAUCACCCAUGUCAAUGGGGAGCCAGUCCACGGUCUGGUUCACACAGAGGUGGUGGAGCUGAUACUAAAGAGUGGUUCCAAAGUGUCCAUCUCUGCCACCCCAUUUGAGAACACAUCAAUCAAAAUUGGCCCUGCUCGAAAGACAAGCCACAAAUCCAAGAUGGCCAGGCGCAACAGGAAGACCAAGAACAAGGAGGGGCAGGACAGUAAGAAGAAGACAUCUCUGUUCAGGAAGAUCACCAAGCAGGCGUCUCUCCUCCACACCAGCCGCAGUUUGUCCUCUUUAAACCGCUCCCUGUCCUCCGGGGAAAGCGGCUCCGGCUCACCAACGCACAAUUUGUCACCACGAAGCCCAACGCAGGGCUACAGGUCCACCCCAGACUCCACCCACUCAGUUGGGGGAAACUCAUCCCAGAGCAGCUCCCCCAGCUCCAGUGUCCCAAACUCUCCAGCGAGCUCCGGACACAUCCGGCCCAGCUCCCUGCAUGGCCUUGCUCCAAAGCUCCAGCGGCAGUAUCGCUCCCCUCGACGCAAGUCUGCCAGCAACAUCCCCCUUUCCCCUCUGGCCCGCACACCUUCACCCACACCUCAAAGCAGCUCUCCUCAGCGCUCUCCCUCACCACUGCCCAGCUAUGCUCUGGGCCAGUCUACCGUGGGUCAGUCAUUCCCUGUGAAUCUUCACUCCUCCCCUCCUCUUGUGAGGCAGAUAUCCAGGCCCAAGAGCGCAGAGUCUCCACGCUCUCCACUCCUCAAACGGGUGCAGUCAGCCGAGAAACUGGGUGCCUCUCUCUCCAGCUCCCCUUUAUCUCCCUCUGGGGUAGCAGCAGUGGCGGAGAGGAAGCUGGUGGUUGGAACAACUGUGGGGAGCCGGAAACACAGUCUGGACAUCUCACAUUCAGAAUUUAAGAAGGAGAUGAUGCAGAGGGAGCCGAGCUUGCAGCGUCUUCAGGAGUCUGCCAGUGAGAGUCUCCUGUCCUCAUCAGGGCAUAGCAUAGAGAAGGCAAGCCUGCAGACUCACUCCUCCUCAUCCAGGAAGUUAGGACGUCAGGAAGGGGAUGGUGCCCUUACUGCAGUGUCCAGUUCACUGGGCCUGGGUAGCAGGAAAAACAAACUGAAGGAAAAACUGUCAGCCAUUCGACAGGACAGGGCUGAGCGGAGGGAAUCACUGCAGAAGCAAGAUGCCAUCCAUGAGGUAGAUUCAUCUGAGGAUGAGACAGACAAGGGCUCAGAGGACAGCCAGGACGGACGCAGGGGGACAAACUUCACCUCUCCUCCGUUGCUUAGGCCCACCACUGUGCAAACAGGGCCCGGAGGCACGCUGCCGUCCCUAUGCAUCUCCCCCUACACCACCAAUGCUACAUUCAGUCACUCAGGGCCCUCACACCUAGGCAGGCCCACUCCCUCACACACACUACCGUCCGUUGCAGAAAGUAAGCCCAGUCAGAACACCUCCUCUGCUGGAGUAAAAGACGGAGACCCGUCCUUAUCCACAGAGGAAGUUGUAAGACGUGAGAAGAAGGUUCUAGAGCUGACUGAUACUACAAAACCCACUUGGGGUCCCCUUCCUUUCUCCACUCCAGGCAGUGCAUUCAUCUCAGUUAGCAAGGACAGUUUUCUCAAGCCAACUCCCCCACAAGAUUCAAAGAGUAUUAAGGGAAAGACAGCAUCAUUGGAGUCUAAAGCAGAAGAACAAAGCCUGGACAGCCCUAAAACCACUGCCCCCUCUACAGCGAGUAUAGAUACUCCCAACUGCAGAACCAUCACAAAUACCACAGACUCCCGAACCACUGACAGCCAAGAGACUCCACUCACCUCCUGUUCCUCUCCAGGCAUCCCCAAGGAGAAGAAGGAGGCUGACAACCGAAGGCUGUGUGCAGCCGCGGCUGCUGCAAGUCUUAGUAGUGCUUUGUCUUCAGCCACUUCUAGCUCCAGCUUAAGUUCAAGCUCCCCCGUUCCACCUGCUGAGAGUGGGGUAGACAGAGUUAUGUCCCAGCUUGCAACAGUAACUAAGAGGGUUCUGGAUCCUGUCAAACUCAGUGCUGUUGCAGAGAAGGGCACAAAGGACCAGAAACCAUCUAGAGGUAGCACCUCAGAAGUCUCACUCUCUGAACCCCUCUCCUUUCCCACCCUUUCCCCAACCAGACAGAAAACAAAGUGUGUUGCUUCACUGACCACCUCACAGAGGCUGACCAAAACCUCCACCCAGAAAGACUGUACAGCUCCAACACUACCAGCUGGCAUGAAUGUCCCAGAAAGGCCCACACCAGGGUCUGCAAGCAGAGAUAUUACUGCCAGUUCUGCAUUUGCACGACUGGGUGCAGCAGAAGCUUGUCAGACCAUCAACUCACCCCCCACCACUUCUGCAACGUCUGAGCCACAGUGCCAGAGGUCCAAAAUCCCAACUGCCACCACUGGUGCCACAAGCGCCAUGUCCACCUCCUUACAAGACAAAGCCACCAGCAAGAAGACGUAGCAUCAAAACAGAAAAUACUAGAACAAAAUGUAUCGAUUACACCACUCAGUGCUUGCUUGAGGUUUUAAAACUUACACAGACUGCAUGUUUAGAACAUAUUAGUGAUUUCACACUAAUUCAAGUUUGAUUUUCAAAGCAAAAGAAAGUUGUAGAAAGAGAGUUCACUGAAGCAGAGACAGAUGCAGUAGUUCUAGUUCUAUUCCAGCUUUUUUGUGCUCUUUAUGUUGUUGUGAGUUAAUCUGGUGUCAUGGCUCUGGUUCCUGCUUUUAGAUGAAAUGCCACAAGGAGUUUGCAAAUGUGGAAGGGGCUAGAAAUAUAAAGACUUCAGUGGUCAAUGCACACACUAUUAUAAAAAGUAGGUACAUGGCCCUUUCACACACCUUUCUAACUCAUGGUCUUAUCGUGCUGCCUCAUCAUCUUUCACCUCGGUGUCCAGAAUUCAUUCGUGCAAGUUCUUUAUCAAGAUCAGGACACAUCCUGCUGAACACACUUCUCUUCUUCCUCCCACCCAUCCUCUAACAACAUGCCUACUCAGCCAUGACUGAAUUGUAUCUCAGCAAUAAAUAAUAUGUUUAGCAGUCUGUGUAAAUGCAUAACAGGAGCACAUCUGCAUCAUCAGUGUGCACUUAGCACACAACUAGCUUGGCCAAAUUAAAUUCUCCUCUUGAUGUAAUCCCUGAUGGCAGUUGAAAUACAAAUAUCCUGAAUUUCUUCAUGUUUAUUGUACAUCACAUUGUGUCCAUGCUGAACAUUUUGCAAAGUUCAUACUUUCUUUUUUAGAUUAUCUGAGAAUAGUUUUUGUUCCCAGUCUUUCAGAUGAUCAGUUAUAUCAUGUGAGUGUUAGCUACAGUGUUAUGUAAAUUUCACCUUUUACUCAAAACUACUAUUCAAACCGAAAAAAACGAAAAUGAAAAAAAACUAUGUAGGUGCAUUUUAGAAUUUUGCAGUAGGACAGUUUUUGCUGAGUUUCCAACACACAGCUGCAAUAUACCAACAUUAGCUCUACUAAAUGAGUUGACAGAGGCACAACACAUAAAGAGAACAAUGCACAUUCUGUUUUAGGGUUCUAUCUAGUUAUUUUGGGAAAAAAUGACUGCCCAGAAAUAGUAUAGUGUGCAUUUCCAAUUACUGUUUCCAUUUUGGAUCCUGGUUGACAAAAUACUAAUUUGUUACCUCAAAUGAUGGCAAAUUUGUUGAAACAUGGAUAUCUCUACUUGUCUGUCACUAGCAAAACUACAGCAGCAGAUUGAUCAGUCUUUGGUUAUUACUUUUUCUGUAUGUUGGAAAAUAGAACUAAAUACAUUCAAUAAGGGAUUUGCUGCACACUACUGGCAUAGCAUUGCUCCUUGGAUGUCUUUUACCUCUUUACCUUGUGACACACUUCAUCAGUGUAUUAGUACCAUAUGCAGUGAAGGAUACAAGAAAUGAAAACGGGUGUGUAUUGAACUGGAUUUUAUUGACUCAGUCCUUGGCACUAACUUCCAAAUGCAGACAAAGCUUUGAAACUAAGUGGUUGUUUUGGAAACACUGCCCAGCCACCACCUUUUUAUUUCUAGCCCCAUCUGAAGGCUGCUGUAGUUUUAUUUAUCUGGACCAACUUGCUGUGUUUUUAUCUCCAAUCCUGUAAGGGUAUGUGUGUGAGGGAAAGAGUGUGUGUUUAUGGUUAUCUAUGUAUAUAUGAAACAUAUUUCAAGUUCUGUUGUCUGUCUCUUUCAUACCUUGUGUGCUGCUUGCUUGUAUUUGUGGACAGAGCUCUUCACAUGUUUGUGUAAAGCAUUGUUUUUCCCAGAAUGUUUAUUAGCUGUCUGAUUUGAGAGAAAAAUACAAAAUUUCAGUAGAAAGAAAAUCAGGUUGAGAUGUUUGAACAGUGACUGUUGUGUAUCGCGUUUGAGCUUAGUUCGGAACAUGCAGUAAACCUGUUAAAUUUAAUCGCGGUAAUUCAAAUAUUUUUUGUUCCUUUUGUGUUGUCCUCAUGUCUCACAUUUAGAAGAAAAUCGCCUUUCAAAAUCAACUAACAGCACAUGGAGCCCAACCAAUUUUUAAAUAUUUCCUGAUGUGUUUCUACAAUUUCCAUUAUAAAAUCUGACCUGCAGACUGCUUAGUCUGCAGGUCAGAUUUUAGAGCAUGCAUGGACAGAUUUGUUGGCACUGACAAAGUUCUUGAGUACAGAAUUGUGAGCAUAUAUACAGAUUUGUGGCCAAAAUUUCGUCUUUCAGUUUAAGCAACAAAUAUGUUUGGAGUUUGAUGACUGAUUUGGAUCUGGUUACAUUUUGAUGAAAUAUCCAAGACCAAUUCAUGCUACCAGCAAAUUCAUGCUGGUAGCAUGAAUGUUAUUCUGGGUUCAUAUUUGGUCAAAUCCUAUUAGAUUACAAACUAGCAGAAUGUUGUCAUUGUUCUCUUUCUUCAAGCUUUUCUGCUUUUAAUUUUGAAAAUUUAGAUUGUUUUCACAUACAGAGUAUACUCUGAUGUCUUGAUACAAAACUUCACCUCCAGUGAACUUCCUGCAGUUUUUUAUCAGUUGUUGGCAUUAUUUCAGUAGAGAUAGAAUGAGUCAUACAAGUUCAAGCUUGUCGUUAGUUUAGUCCAAAAUUCAAAGAGAUCUUGUACUUGAAUUAUUUUUUUAGUUUUAUUUUCUUCCUUCAACACCCAUAUUUACAUUCAAAAAAGACAUCAAAUGUCAGGAAUUCAUUCAUGAAUUUUGCCAAAAACGUUGCGAACUUGACAAAAUUUUCUAUAAAAUCAGAAACAAUUUAAUUAAAUAAAAAGUGAGCAGCACUGUAAAUCUGAAUAGAUAUCCUGUGUUAAAAUUAAUUGCUUUUAGGUUUCAAGAAAAUCUCCACCUCAUUUAAAAAACUCUACUGCUGUUGUCCUAACAUUUAUGUAUAGACAUCAGAGUUACGUUAAGCUCUCUAGCUAGAAGCCAGCUUCAGAAAAAGUAAAAAGUAAAAGCAGUUUGUCACCUAAAGAUAAAUGAAUUUCUUUCAGCAACUUAUUCUGCAGGUAAUAAUCUGUCUCUGCUCUUAUGAGUGGUUUUAGCUUAAUAGCUUCAAUUUGUUUCUGUGGUUUUGUCAUAAGUAAUGUUGCAAUGUUGCGGUAACCACUUCAUGUUGAUAUGCAGAUUUCCAGCUUCCACAUAAUCAACAUUUUAAGCUCAAGAUUUACUUUGUGCUAACAAAUACGUUCUUCCAUUCAUUGCAGUUUAUUAUUCCUCAUCUUUUUACUGUUGUCCUAUUGAUUUAUCGCCCUCAGUUCACCUGAACAUAUUGGCAUGUUUUGUUCAGUAUCUUGCAACUCAUAAUGUGCUUAUGAGUCCCAUGUUUGACGCAUGACUGAUUUAUGUGUUAGUUGUGAGUUUGUUACUAACAAGCUUCCAUACGUGUGAAACUGAGCAUCAUGAAGAAUGAGAAGAAUCUUGUGAAACGGUGGUUUCACAAGAUUCUUUGAUGUUUCAGUAUGCAGUUCAUUAAACUUGUACCUGUAUGUGAGGGGGUUGCUUAAGCUCUGUCGAGCAGCAAAAUAUGACUUUAAUUAACUUGACUUUUAAAAUCAAGGGCAGUAUUUCCAAGCUGUGUGUUUAGUGUGCUUAUGAUGAUGGACAGAGACAAUUCAUCUGUGCAGCGCAAAAACUUGAGAAAGGGUUUAAGAGACAAAGAUAAAACAUUGCUAGAGAAAUACUAGUCUUUUAAUUUUUUAUUGUGGUAAUUGCAUGCUGUUGUCAACUUUACCUUAUAACAAUAAUAAAGUUUUUUUAUGAUUGUC